AUGGAGUCCGCGCACAUCACGUUGAAAGCCCUUCAUGGACUGUUCUUGAGCAAAAUGAAGCUGCCAAGCAAAUCAGUGAUGCUCCAUUUGGAAUCUGAGGCAUCUAGUCUCAUCAAUGUUUGCCAAGCCCUCGCAAAGAGCCCUGGCGAGAGGACUCUCCAGGCUUUGGCCCAAAACCGGCUACUGGAACUUUACACGAAGGAACUUGUCGUACAAUUUACAGAGAGUGCUCAAACGAUGCUGUCGCUCCUCGCUUGGCACUUUGACCCGGAGCAUGCAUCAAUUUCUAGUGAGCUUCUCCAGUUUUUAGCUGAGCCCUCCGAGCAACUGCAUUCAGUUUGCACAAAAGUCUACCUACAUUACAACUCUAUUUACCACACUGAAGUGUUUGAGGACUUCAAGGAGAAGCUUUGCCGCCUUUUGACUCGACUACCACUCGUUGUACGAAAUGGCCUUGAAAAUCUUUCUAUGGGGGGUUUAACAUUCUGUUGUGGUUAUGAAUUCUCUUCGGGCGCGCACUGUUUCCUUUAG